GAUCACUGUUUUUCCAUGUAUACAACCUCUCAUUUUGCUCUUGCAUUCGCAAAGCGUGAAUCGUAACCUUUCACCGACACACGCCCUAGAAGAGGAAGAAGAAGAAGAGCACCACCUACAAAAAUGGAAAACUGUGGUAAUCCUCAGGACAUGAUGGUGCCACCAGUUGAAGGUGUUGCCGGAGGAGGGACUGCAUACGGAUGGGAUGACACUGGCUUACAUAAUUCUAGUCCACUAAGGGGAACAAUUGAUCCGGCAAAAGUUCCAUCUGCAAAUUUAGUGCACGUUUGGUGUAUGCCAAACACAGCAAAUGUUGGGCCGCAAGACAUGCCUAGAACGUUAGAACCUAUAUCACUUCUGGCGGCGCGAAACGAGAGGGAAAGUAUUCAAAUUGCUAUACGUCCAAAAGUUUCUUGGGGUGGUUCAGCUAUUGCCGGGGUUGUACAGGUUCAGUGCACUGACCUAUGCUCCACUACUGGUGAUAGGUUGGUUGUUGGUCAGUCACUGACAUUGCGGCGUGUGGUCCCCAUCUUAGGUGUUCCAGAUGCGCUUGUUCCCCUUGAUAUGCCAGUCUCGCAUUUAAGUCUAUAUCCAGGAGAAACAACUUCUAUUUGGGUUUCCAUAGAUGUCCCUAGUGCACAGCCCCCGGGUCAAUAUGAAGGAGAGUUCAUCAUUGCUGCUACAAAGGCAGAUGCAGAAUCUACAGCUCAAUGCCUGGGCAAAGUUGAGAAGCUUCAGCUGUAUAGAGAACUAAGAAAUUGUCUGGAGAUUGUGGAGCCUAUUGAUGGAAAGCCGAUGGAUGAAGUGGUAGAAAGAGUGAAAACUGCAACUACAUCUUUAAGAAGAGUUCUUCUAUCGCCAUCAUUUUCUGAUUUCUUUUCAGAUAAUGGACCAGUCGAUAUGAUGGAUGAGGAUGCUAUUUCGAACCUUUCAAUACGCUUGAAGCUAAGUUUGACAGUUUGGGAUUUUGUUCUCCCAGUAACACCUUCACUUCCUGCUGUUAUCGGUAUAUCUGAUACCGUAAUUGAAGAUCGUUUUGGGGUUGAACAUGGGAGUAAGGAGUGGUAUGAAGCAUUAGAUCAACAUUUUAAGUGGCUGCUUCAAUAUAAGAUCAGCCCAUAUUUUUGCAGAUGGGGUGACAGCAUGCGUGUUUUGACAUAUACCUCUCCAUGGCCAGCUGAUCAUCCAAAAUCAGAUGAAUAUCUUUCAGACCCACGACUUGCUGCAUAUGCUGUACCAUAUUGUCGAGUAGUCUCUUGUGGUGAUACGGCAAAAGACUACUUGCAAAGGGAAGUUGAGAUCUUAAGAACAAAGAGUCAUUGGAAAAAAGCUUAUUUCUAUCUUUGGGAUGAGCCACUGAAUGUGGAACAGUAUGAUUCCAUUCGUAACAUGGCUAGUGAAAUCCAUGCCUAUGCUCCUGAUGCUCGUGUUCUUACCACCUACUACUGUGGUCCAAGUGAUGCACCCCUUGCAUCUAAUAAUUUUGAGGCAUUUUUGAAAGUUCCGGAGUUCCUAAGGCCUCAUACUCAAAUAUAUUGCACAAGUGAAUGGGUGCUUGGUAACCGAGAGGAUCUGGCAAAGGAUAUUAUUGCUGAACUUCAACCAGAAAAUUGCGAG